GCAGAGGGAUGAUGGACGGGAUGGAGCGGGGCGCGUACGGCGCGGGCAGAGCCGGUGGAUCUUUCGAGCCGCUCACGUUCAUCCAGCAGCCGCACACCGGCCUCCGGAUCGUGUCCUGGUUCUUCUCGUUGGUGAUCUUCGGCUGUGUCGUUAACGAGGGCUACAUCAACAGGCCUGAUGAGGUCGAGCAGUUCUGCAUCUUUAACCGGAACCAGAACGCCUGUAACUACGCGGUCAGCAUGGGCUCGCUGGCCUUCCUCUGCUGCAUGGCCUUCCUGGCUUUAGACGCAUAUUUCCCUCAGAUCAGCAGCGUCAAGGACCGCAAGAAAGCUGUGCUGGCCGACGUGGGAACCUCAGCGUUCUGGUCCUUCGUUUGGUUCGUGGGCUUUUGUUUCUUGGCCAAUCAGUGGCAGGUGUCGAAAGCGGAGGACAACCCGCUGCAGUCGGGUGGAGACGCGGCGCGGGCCGCCAUCACCUUCUCCUUCUUCUCCAUCUUCACCUGGGGAGCUCUUACACUGGUCUCUCUGGAGAGACUCAAACGAGUGUGUUUUGAAGAGGAGUAUGAGGAACUCUUUACCCAGCCCUGACCUCACACACACACACACACACACUCACACAUGAAUAAACAGGUUCCCUUGGAGUUUGUGUGUGAGACUCCAGCCUCAGCGGUCAUCUCAAGGAAUGAAUUAAUCUCAGAAGCUCAUUAAAGAAUGAAAUAAUGUUGAUGUGUGUUGAUGAUCAUGUUGUUACUGGAACCUGUCGAUCUUCUGUUUUCUGAUUAAUCAAACUGAAUCUGAUCUUUCUCUCUUUUCUUCAUGUUUUCUUUCUAUCCUUCACAACCUCAUCCUUCCCCACAUUGUCUUUUUUUAACCCUUCAUUGAACCCUAAUCCAUCAUUUCCUUGUUAAAAUCCUCCUUCAUCCGAACCUGCAUCAUCCAGGCCGCUCAGGCCUUCCUAGCGCUUCAGAGAUAUAAGCUGGGUGCGGAUUCGGCUCUGUUCUCGCAGGACUACACCGACCCCAGCCAGGACGCCGGCAGCGUGCCGUACAGCUCCUAUAGUGCUGGAGACGCUCUGGAGAGUCC